AUGAACUAUAACCACGGUUCUAAUUACAAUGGUGGUGACCAGUACUAUAAUCGACCAAACAUACCUAAGCCGACUUCAUCAGGUCAACUACCAAACCAGCACCCGCAUUCCAAUCAAAGAGCAGACGCUAACUUCCAGCCUCACCAGACUAGCGCCUAUUUUCAGGGCCACCAAACUUUUGGAGCCACGCAAGGAUACGGUCAAAACUACUAUGGGUCUUACCCUCAGUACUACUACCCCGCCCAACAGGCACCAUACUACGCUGGCGGAUACCAAGGUUACAUCGCGAACUAUGCUUCACCUGCCGAGCCACCCAAGGAAGCUGUUAAGAAUAACAGUGCUGAGAGAAAAUCUGUCAUAAGUUAUGAUGAUACGGAUACCGAAACAAAUAUAAUAAGUCAAGAUCAGAACGGAGGUAGUAAAGAAAAACGCCAUAGCGAGGUUGGCACUCCCGAUGAUCCGAAAGAAACCAUAGAAGCCGAAAACAAAGAAGCUAAGAUAAUAGCGAUCCCUGGAACAUCUAUUACCCUAGAAUCAGAGGAGGACAUAAAAAAAUGGAGGGAGGAAAGACGUAAAAUGUGGCUGGUUAAGAUUUCCAAUCAGCGAGAAAAGCACAAGUCAGACCUUGGGAUUGAAGAGGAAGACGUGAGCAGGAACGAGGCAUUCCAGCAAGUCAAAAGAGAUAAGCAAUUUAUCCAAAGUAUCCAAAACCAGAUAAACAGAUCAGGUCCUAGCCCGAAUUUGGACCUUAAACUGAUUCAGAGAACAAUGGCUAAAGAGAACAUCAAACUACUUAAUUUCAUAAAGGAGCUUGGAGAUGCCGGACUAUUGCAGUAUGAAUUGAAAGAAGAGGAAAAACAAAAGCUGUUCGGCAGUAACUCCAGGCAGCCUGGAGCCAGAACCAACUUCAACAACAAGCGUCCAAACACUCCGCAUGAGGGCCCGUCCCGUUACGAGGGAAGUAAAAAAAGACAACACAAACCGAACUGA